GAAAAUACGAUCUGGAGAAGGUCUGCUUAAUUGACCCAGCUUUCAGGACGCGCGAUCGAAGCGUGAUCCAAUUAAUGCCCGUCCUGUGAUUCUUUUUCGAUUUCUUCAUCUCUUCGUACCGUAGCGAGUAAGUUUGACGUUCUAGAAAAUGCGGAACUGGUGCUCGUGGUCGUAGACUACGGUCCAAAUGCGCGAUGGUCAGGCCGUCGGAAGGCGGUGGGCUUCUGAUAGUCGGCUGGCUUCUGGCACUCCGUUCCAUCGGUGCCGGUGCCCAGUUGGAUCCCGAUUACGGCUGUCCGUCCCAGGAGAAGAUACUGCCCUGCAGAUGCUCUACCCACAGCGAGUUACCAAAGGUGCUGGAAGGUCUGAAGGCGGUCAGCCACUACCUGGACCGGCCGGUGGACGAGCUGAUCCUGGAGAACAACAAUCUACCGAGCCUGCCCGGAAAAGUGUUCGCGAGCUUGCGCGUCCUGCGACUAAUGCUGAGGAACAAUCGGCUCGAACGGGUAUCGUCCGGCUGGCUGGAGGGUUUGCACGAUUCCCUGCUGGAGCUGUUUGUCGUCGAGCCAGAGCUGCGCUCUCUGCCAGUGGACAGUCUGGAGAACCUGCAGGGUCUCGAAGCGGUAACGCUGCAGAGCCGCGUGAUGAAGCGGUUGCCGAGGUUCUCGGGAUUGCCGAAGCUCAGGUAUCUCCAAAUCAACUCGCCGGCUCUGUUGGAACUCGCCCCCAGAAACUUCCGGGGCAUUCCUACUUUAGAGCAGUUGCACGUGUUCGGCAGCCCGAGGCUGACCAGGCUUGAGGCCGGGUUGCUCCGCGACCUGCCGCGAUUGGAGUUCGUCAACAUUACCGAUUCGGGGAUCCACUGGAUCCAUCCGCGCACCAUGGUCGAUCUGCCGGAGCUCAAGGAGAUUUCGCUGGUCGGAAACGCCAUAAUUGACGCCGGCAUGGUUGGCCGCGCGUGUAUGGACCUGCCGUCGUUGUCGGUGAUACGUCUGGAUCGAAAUCGCAUUAAUCGUCUAGGCGAGGGCUCCUUCGUGGACCUAUCAGUCUUGUCGCGCCUUUAUCUAUCGCGUAAUUACAUCACCGAGAUAUUCGCCGGCGCCUUCCAACGCGUGCCGGUCUUGAAGACCGUGGACCUGAACCAUAAUCUGAUCCAUCGCAUCCAUCCGGAGUUUUUUCCGCGGCGAACGGGAAACGUACUGGAAGAGAUAUGGCUGAUCAACAACGACCUUAGCCACGUGGCCGAGAUACGAUCGGUGCUCGAGGCUCUGCCGCGGUUGAAGUUCUUGGACGCCAGUCACAAUCAGCUGGAGGAAAUACCCUUCGGUUCUCUAAGAGGCCAUCCAACUUUGGAGAGGCUUCAUCUGAAUCACAACAGGCUGGCAUUCCUGCAGAGAGAGACGUUCACGGCGAUGCCGGCGCUCAGGGAGCUCAGGCUGAAGAAUAAUUCCCUGUCGAAUCUGCUGGAGGCUCCCUUCUGGAAUCUGCCAGCGUUAAAGGGCCUGGAUCUCUCGCAGAAUUACUUCCGUCAUAUAGAGCCGCGUUUGUUCACCAAUCUACCGAAUCUCCGGCGGCUCGAUCUCAGCGGUAACGCCAUCGGGCUUGUCGAACCCGAGUCCUUCCUGGGCACACCAGCAUUGGAGCACAUCAACAUCUCCGGAAACGCCUUGUCCGUCCUGCAUCCGCUGACUUUCCGACACUUGACGAAUCUGUACGAGCUGGACGUCGGUUGGAAUCGUAUGCUGGAAGUGGUGCCUGGCCUGCCGAAAGAUAUCGAGCAUCUUCACAUGCCCAUGAAUCGCAUCAUCGAUCUGCCUGCCGUGUCCUCUCGGGAUUUGGCCCUGCCCGCCCUGCGAUCGUUGGAUCUGAGCGCGAACGGCAUCGAGAAUAUCCUGCCUGGCAUGCUGGCCGACUUGCCAAAUUUGAGAAAACUGAACCUGGGCUAUAAUGCCCUGAGGCUUCUAGACGAAGGCGUUUUCGAGGGACUCUCGAGAUUGGAACAGUUGGACCUACGGUACAAUCGGCUGGUCACGUUGCACGGACGGAGCUUUCAUCCCCUGAAGUCCUUGAUGGAUGUGAAUCUCCGGGGCAACCGAGUAGAAGUUUUACGGCCAGAGAUCUUUCAUGAGAACACGCGUUUGCAGAGGGUCGACAUGAGCAGAAAUAAUCUCGCUCAAAUUCCUCACGCCACUUUUGUCAAUACAAGGGACCUUCGUGAACUGUACGCGUCGCACAACACUUUGACCGAGUUACCCGGAUCGCUGCACGGUUUAACGGCUCUUCGGGUCCUCGACUUGAGCUUCAACAAGCUGAACAUCCUAUCGCCGGAAACGCUGAGCAGUCUGUCGUCCUUGCUGGAACUAAAGCUGGUCAGAAACCGUAUACGGGAGUUGCGGGAAGGCGCGUUCGAUGGGCUGCCGCGACUAUCCUUGAUCGAUCUCGAAAACAAUGAUCUCAGGGUGAUCGAGAGAAACGCGAUCAGGGCGUUACCGGAGCUGCAGGCGGUCAGGCUAGGCAGGAAUCGAUUGCAGUCCAUCCCCAGCGGCGCUUUCACCGAGUUACCGCUACUGCAAAGUGCGGAACUUCAGGAAAAUCGGAUCCAGGAAAUCGCCAGCAAUGCCUUCAUUAACGUGCCACACUUGCUGUUUCUCAAUCUAAGUCAUAAUCAUCUACCAGGGCUGGAAUACGUCGGUCUGGAGAGUCUCCGCUCGCUGGAGGUUCUUGAUCUCAGCUACAAUCGAUUAUCCAGAGUUGCCAGUGACAGCCUAGCAGCUAUGGAAUGGCUAGUGGAGCUGAAGAUGGACAACAAUCGGAUUUGCGCCGUACAUGGUUCACCUUUCGACGAUAUGCCCAGAUUACGGGUACUCAGUCUGCGAAGCAACCGGAUGACCGCGGUUUCUGAAGGCGCGUUCAAGAGACUCAGAUCGAACAUUGCCGUCUUGGAUAUCGACGGAAAUCCAUUAUCCUGUUCGUGCGGCAUGCUUUGGCUGCGGGGAUGGCUGCAACAGGCUUCCUCGGAAGGUCCCAGGUGCGCUGACGGCUCCCUUUUCAAGGAACUUAGAUUAUCCCGUCAGGAUUGCCAGCGUGAGAGAUAUGUGGAACCGGUCCAUCCAGGAUGCGAGAUCGAAAUGAUUAACGUCGCGACACCCUCGGUCUCUUCAUCAGCGUUCGGAGUUACAGAAACCGUGCCGCUGUGGAUGAACUUGAAGGACUCGUCGACGCAGAGGCCUUCCAUUUCCCAGGACUCCGAUUACCUGUAUGAGUAUCUGGAUUAUCAGGACAAUAUGAGCGACACGGGCGCGUCCACGUCGCCAUCCAGCGUGUCCACCGUCAGCGUGCCCACCCAGACCGUGAAGAUCAUUCACCCGCCGUCGCAGACGCAGAAGCACCAGACUCAGAAGAACGCCACGUCACCGGGCAAGAGGAACCCGAUGAUACCGCCAUCGCCGAGCAGCUCCGGCUUCACCUUCUUCGGCCUGCCGCUGCCAAAUCUGAAUUUCAAUUUGUGGGGGCACUCGGGCAGAAAAGCCGAGAGGAAGGAGUCCUCGUCCGCGCCCGGUAAAUCCGGACAUCGGGGACGUUACAGGUCCUUCCCGCCCACAGAACCGGAAAUACACAGAGGAGGCUUCGUGCCGCUGCCACGCGCCCAAAGCGGAUUCGUACCGAUUGCCGAUCCCAGGCCGAUGUAUGAAAAGCACGCGAAGCACGGGAACACCACGCGCUCGAGCAGUGGCCAAGAGGAACGCCCUCGGAAAAGCGGAAACAGCACAGUGACCAGAGUGGAAAAGACCGUUCCCACAAUUGGGAAAUCUCGGACGAACUUCCGGGAGAAGGAAGAAUCGCCGAUGCUAGAUCGAACGGCUGGUUCGAAUGCUUUCGAGUCUCGCAAGAUUUCGGCAAAUAUUAACAGGCCUACCCCCAAUGCAUUGGACACUACGAGGAGCAGUGAGCCAAUAAUUGUCGAAGAAUCUUCGCAAGAAGCACAUGAGACGUCGGUGUCCACCGAGAUCUACGACGGCGAGAGUCUGGAGGUAAAACCGGAGGACGUUAAGUUCAUAGAGAAACCACAUAUGGAAAUCGCCAGUAGGAUAAUCUGGACCACGCCAAAAGCAGUGACAAUGGAGACGAAGAAAGCCACAAUUACCAAAGAGACUGUAACGGCGACGGUGCAAGUGGCACCAUCGAGAGAAAGCGGCGCCAAAGAUCGAGACCUUGAGAUAUCCGAAUACGAAGGAGAUUCUAGCAGACUGAGCAGCACGACCGCCUCUCACAAUGAAUCCGAUAAUCGGCAAAUGUCAAAAACAGAUGCGCCGAUUCCGCGCCCCUCAACGUCCACUGCAUCCCCCACGUUGAACCCGCGCCCCGAAGAAAUUACAGUCGCGACUCCUCACGCCUCUCGGAGCACGGAGGCGUCCGCUUUGUCCACGUUCCUGAUACCGGGAGGACAAGUGCCGGCCUCGGGGCCCGUGAUAAAUUUACGUCCCCCCGGCAGACCGACGAUAACUAAAGUCGCUUCGCCGCAUCUCAGCUACAACGCCGAGCAAUCCAGGGAGGAACCAAAGUCGAUCGCAGGUGCUGCUCAGAGAAGCGCCGAGGCCAUCGACGAGUCGACGACCGACGGGCAGAACGAAGCUUUCGUCGUCGACGAGGGCACCAAGGUGAUAGACGACGGUCCCUUCAACUGGUACUUCCAGCAUUACAACGACACGAAUCUCGAGCCGUACGUGGGCAUCGCUUACAGCGGCGCCGCAAACAUCGACGCGUACGGAUGGUCGUUGCUGCUCGUCCUGAGCGUUCUCUUAUAAAGACUUGCAGAUCGUCGUUUUUAAAUAGGCAGGUUUAUCGCCGGGUCUCGUGAGAGAAGGCAUGUUGUCAAGAUUCGUUAAUGCCGUUGCGCGCCGCAAAUCGUAGAUCACGCUUGUACAGGAAAACUAUUGUAUGUACAAAGAUCAUUGUGUUGCGUUUUUAAGUACAAGAUGCUUCGGCAUGCCUUCUAUGGCAUCCAAUAAAAAUCCGCAGAAUUUUUGAGAAUAUUUAUAGAUAAUUUUAAAAUCAAAAUGCGUCGCGUUACAUUCUAUUUUCGAUAUCCUACAAGUUUUGUACUGUUACUUUGCUAUUAUCGUUACGUAUGCUUGAACGCGCGAAACUUUAGUCUAGUCGACCAAAUCUAGAUAUCUACAGCCAUCUGUCAGAAAUUAUUGUAAUUUGGCAUUUUGUACUAAAAUUUAUUCAUUUUUAAAUAUUCUCAAGAAUGUGCAAUUAACGAGUAAUUAAUGAGGAAAUGUCUGAAAUAUCCUUAUAUUAAAUGUAGGAAAGAGUUCUGUGCUUUCUCGACGAAAUCCGAGUUUUACUCAAGGAAAGAUGAAAACAAGCUGAAUUAUUGCAAUUCUUCAUUUUUGCCAAUAUAAUUGUACGUUAUUUAAAAUUUAUUGAGCGUAAUAGAUUGUGAUUUUAUUUUUGACGUUACAACUUGAUAUCAGAAAUUUACAGGUUUUAAAUUACUUUACAACCCCAUUAUUUAAUAAUAUUUAAUCAUUAUUGAAUAGUAUACCGUAUAUAAUAUUACAAAUGUUAACGUAAAUGCUUUGAAUUCACUAAAUUGCGGGAAAAACAAAUUACAGAUUGCGUAAAUUCGAAAACGCAAAACUCUUGCCUAAUGUUCUUCGAUAGAGUAUAAAUAGAAUGAACAUAAACAGGAAAGCAUUUGUAUAUUAGUGAUAAAUUAAUCAAUAUAAGCAAAUAAUCAUUUUAUUAUUAAUAUAAUAGUUUUUUCCUUAACGGGAGAUGAUUUGUAUUUCCUAGAAACAUAUCCAUGACAUUUAAUCAUGCAUAAUGUGUAACCGACAGCAUUAAGUUACACGGCAGAGGUGAUUUAGAAAACUUUUUUCUUUUACAUCAAUCAGUUUCAAUUAUCGAUAUUA